AUGUCGCGAACACAUAAGUCUAGUAUCGCUCUAGCCGAAAAAAAUUCAAUAGAAGACUACGAUUCAUUUCCACUUCCCAUUUACACUUAUUUCGCAGAAUAUGAAGAUCAUCGGAAGCGACUUCGCAUGAGACAGAUUUAUUGGAUUCCAACCAGUCACGAUGAAUCGCAAGGCCAUGGAGUAGUUUUUCUAAGCGAAGUGUACAAAGUAUUGGCGGAUGGAAAGACAUUUCCCAAGCCAAAGGAAGGGUUGAGGUCAAUGUUUCAUAUCAAACCAAGAAAUCGAGAUCGGCUUUUCGAGUUGAUAGAGAUAUUGUAUAAGGGUAAGUCUAUCUGGAGCACAAUGAGCGGACGUCAUCAGGUCAGAAAAACUCAUUUGGCCUUUCUUGACCUUUUGAAGGAAGAAAAAGUCAUUGAGGAUAGUUAUGAAACCUCAAAAGCAUACUUUCAAAAAGACUUUGAAAAGGAAUGUGAAAAGAUGCGCGUGAAGGUAAACAAGAACAAGAUCGCACAACCAAAAGAUCUCAGUCCGAGUCAAAAAGAAGCGAAGAAACCACACCCUGUACCCCAUGUCAAAGUUUAG